AUGGAAAACCAGACUUUUGUGACUGAAUUUAUUCUUCUCGGUUUCCCCAGCCUUCAAAGGGUUCAUAUUUUGGUCUUUGUGGGAGUCUUGGUCAUCUACAUUUUGACUGUCACUGGGAAUGUCAUCAUCAUCACCACAGUGGUGAAUGACAACACUCUCCACAAACCCAUGUAUUUCUUCCUUGGAAAUCUGUCAUUUUUGGGAAUCAUCUAGUCCAAGUUUUUGGCCAGUCUUCUGGAUCAAGUCAAGAAGUCUAUCAGCAUAGCUGGGUGCAAAGCCCAAGUCUUCUCCCACUUUUUCCUUGGUUCUACUGAGCUUUUCCUCCUCACAGCCAUGUCCUUUGACCGAUACACAGCAAUAUGCAACCCUCUCCACUACACCACCAUCAUGAGUGGAAAACUGUGUGCUCAGCUCUCAUUUGGCUCUUGGAUGGGUGGCUUUCUGAGUGUCUUUGUGCAAACUAUUCUGGUGUUCAGACUGCCAUUCUGUGGCCCCAAUAUCAUCAAUCACUUCUAUUGUGACAUUGGGCCACUGCUGAAGAUGAUUUGCACUGACACCCACCAUAUUGAAUGGGUUAUUUUCACUGUUGCUACAGUGCUUCUGUUUAGCACUUCCUUUUUGACUGUCAUCUCCUACUUCGCCAUCAUUUUUGCCAUAUUGAGGAUCCCAUCUACUUCUGGGAGACAGAAAGCUUUCUCCACCUGCAUUGCUCACCUGACUCUAGUCGUCAUACUUUAUGGGGGAGCCAUGUUCAUGUACGUCAGGCCAAGAGGGCGUGACUCACGCAAUACGAACAAAGUGGUAUCCCUUCUGAACACCCUUAUAACGCCAUUGCUGAACCCUUUCAUUUAUACUUUGAGGAACAAAGAGGUAAAGACUGCCUUGAAAAAAACAGUGACGAGAAAGAAAAUAUUUGAGGUUAAAGAAUGA